AUGAUGGACUUUCAGAAAUCACAUUCGUUAAAGCCUGUUGCAUUUGCUGCUGUUGUAUUUUCUACUGUAGCUAUAACAGCAUGUCUUAUUUCAUUUCCAAUUGUUUUUCAAUAUGUACAAGUAUUACAAGCAAAUGUUCAAGGAGAAGUAGAGUAUUGUAAAAAUAGAGCUCGAGAUAUGUGGAGAGAGAUGGUUGAAAUGUUACCAGAAGAAGAAAAAUAUGAUAAUAUUAUUCAACGUGUAGCACGUCAGGCAGAAUCAUUAUGUUGUACCUGUCAACAGGGUCCACCUGGUCCUGAUGGACCUCCAGGUAUUCCUGGAAAAGAUGGAGAACCUGGUUCAGGACCUGGACCUGAUGGACCACCUGGAAAAGAUGCUGAAUUACAUGAAAAAUUAUUACCAGUACCUCCACAAUGUCCAUGUUCAGCAGCACAAGGACCAAGUGGUCCACCAGGUCAACCAGGUCCAGAUGGAUCUCCUGGUAAUCCAGGAUUACCUGGGGAAGACGGACCAAUGGGACCUCCAGGGCAACCAGGUCCACCAGGACAACCAGGAGCUCCAGGAUUAGAUGGAUCAAAAGGAAUGCCUGGUGAACCUGGUAAACUUAUACCAGGAGCAACUCCUCCACCCGGACCAGCAGGACCACCUGGAAGAGCUGGUCCACCAGGAACACCAGGAAGAGCAGGAUCUCCUGGAAAAGAUGGAUCAAAUGGUACUGAAGGACCACCAGGUGAAACUGGACCAAGAGGAGCACCAGGAGCAGCUGGAGCACCAGGAUCACCCGGAGCACCAGGAAAUCCAGGAUCAAAUGGUGGAUGUGAUUGUCCAGCUCCACGUCUUGCACCAGGUUAUUAA